ACAUUCACGUUUUCUGUUCCUGUAUCAUUCCUUGUGCACAACUUGUAGCGUUAUACCCAAUUUCAAACUGCGAACAAUCAUCUCGGGUACGCAGCCCACUCAAUCUACAUGCUUCUUUUUUUGCUUCACCAUUCUUGCACUGAUAGUCACGCGGUGUUAUGUGCCAUCUUAUCAGCAUCGGACGUCGCACCGGGGCUGAAAUCUGCCAAGAUCCGUGCGGUUUCAGCCCCCGAAGUCGUUUUGGUGGGGUUUCGCAGACGUCUGCACAUCACAGGCGUUGUCGUAGACGCUCGGGUGCUCGUUUGUACGCAAGACAUGAUAUUCUCUGGACUGGGUGCAGCGAGUGAGUUCUGUUCUAGGCAUUCACUGUAAGGCUAGUGGCUUGAGCAUCUUUAAAUUGCCUGAGUUCAGACAACCAAUAAUC